CAGAAAAGUUCCAGAACAUUUCAAUCGUCCUGUACCCCUGGGGUAAAUUGCUGGAGCAGGAAUGCGGGCCAUCCCGCAAACUGUCUGGCUCUCCGCCCGGCAGUAACGAUACGUCACCUUCUCUACCAGCGUCCCUUCUUCUCUACAGUCAGCUACACCUAUCUACUCUCUUUUUUCUCCAGGUACCUUUCUGAUUUCUUUCUGGCUUGGCGACCUCAAUACUUCAUAUUCGUCUUACAGCCUCUUUUGACGCUUGUAUCAACGUUGCACAGAGAUUACCCCACCUUUUGACGACAGAUUGCACCAUGGCUAGUUCCGACCUGGACCAGCUCAUUGAGAUGGGCUUUGACCAAGAAAGAGCGCAGUUGGCGGUCUCUAAGGGCGGUGGUAUCCAGGGUGCUCUCGAAUGGCUCGAAGUGAAUCAAGACAAGUCCCUCGAAGAAAUCAAAGCUGCCGCAGCUGAACAGGAGUCGGAGGAAGGUCCAGCGCUCCAACCUGGCGAGGUCCCUCGCAGUCUGGUUUGCAAUGAGUGUGGCAAGAAGUUCCGGAGUCAAGCCCAAGCGGAAUUCCACGCGUCCAAGUCUGAACAUGUCGACUUCGCGGAAUCAACAGAGGAAAUUGCACCUUUGACGGAAGAGCAAAAGAAGCAAAAACUGGAGGAUCUGAGGGAGAAACUCGCAGCGAAGCGAGCGGUGCAGGGCGAGCAGGAAAAAGCUGACAAGAAGCGAAAUGAGGUAUGGAAUCUAUUGCUCCUCAAGCUCUUUAUUGUCUUCUCUAACAUCAUCCUCAGGAAAUCAAAAGGAAGAGCACCAAGGAAUCCCAGGACAUCAAGGAGGAACUCGAUAAGAAACAACGGUUGAAAGAGGCACAAAAGAAGAGGCAAGAGAGGCAGGAUGACAUCGAAGCAAAAAAGCGCGUCAAGGCCAAGAUCGAAGCAGACAAGGAAGCGCGACGGUUGAAAGCUGAACAGG